CUCCAGAGCAGCGGGCGGCGGGACCCGCGACCAGCUCAGGAACAGCGAUCGUGACGCGGGCGCUCAAGACCCCUCGGCCCCCGCCUCAGGAGCAGCUCCUGCUCCGCCCCGGAAUUCCAGGGACUCGCGGAGCUGAGCGGCCCUGGGCCAUUGGGGGAGCGGGGUCCCCGGACCCGAGAGGACGCUGGCGGCGCUGGUCGAGCUGGGGGUGCUGCGGCUCCACAGCGGGGCCUUGGGGGCGCAGACCUGCGGAGCCUGCGGCCGGUGGGAAGGCUGGCUGUUGGAGGAAGGGAAGAGAGUAAAUGAAGAGAAAGAACUGGAUUAAUUCCUUCCAGAAGAAGAAGUGUCUCUCCAGGAAGCAAGCUCACCUGCAGACCCCCAUCUUACAGGAACUGCAGCCCUGCCUGGAGCAGGGUAGUGGCAGGGGCGAUGGUAGGAGCUCUGAAGAUGCCCCAUGGCUACUGAGGGGGCUGCCUGGUCAAAGGGCAGAGUGACAGGCAUGCUUUGGGCCCUGUUUCUGGCGUCCUCAGUUCUGGCUCUGGAAGAGGUCUUGCUGGACACCUCAGGGGAGACAUCUGAGAUCGGCUGGCUCACCUACCCGCCAGGCGGAUGGGAUGAGGUGAGCGUUCUGGAUGACCAGCGACGCCUGACUCGGACCUUUGAGGCGUGCCACGUGGCAGGGGCGUCUCCCGGCCCCGGGCAGGACAACUGGCUGCAGACACACUUCGUGGAGAGGCGAGGGGCCCAGAGGGUGCACAUCCGACUCCACUUCUCCGUGCGGGCCUGCUCCAGCCUGGGCGUGAGCGGGGGCACCUGCCGGGAGACCUUCACCCUUUACUACCGUCAGGCCGAGGAGCCCGAUGGCCCUGACAGCAUCUCAGCCUGGCACCUCAAACGCUGGACCAAAGUGGACACGAUCGCAGCGGACGAGAGCUUCCCCGCCUCCUCCUCCUCCUCCUCCUCCUCAGUGUGGGCUGUGGGACCCCACAGGGGACAGCGAGCAGGGCUGCAGCUGAAUGUCAAAGAGCGGAGCUUCGGCCCCCUCACCCAGCGCGGUUUCUAUGUGGCCUUCCAGGACACCGGGGCCUGCCUGGCCCUCAUAGCGGUCAAGCUCUUCUCCUACACCUGCCCCACUGUGCUGCGGGCCUUUGCCUCCUUUCCUGAGACACAGGCCAGUGGGGCUGGGGGGGCCUCCCUGGUGGCAGCUGUGGGUACCUGUGUGGCCCAUGCAGAGCCAGAGGAGGAUGGCGUGGGGGGCCAGACAGGGAACAGCCCCCCAAGGUUGCACUGCAACGGGGAGGGCAAGUGGAUGGUAGCUGUUGGGGGCUGCCGCUGCCAGCCUGGACACCAGCCUGCCCGAGGAGACAAGGCCUGCCAAGCCUGCCCCAAGGGGUUCUAUAAGGCCUCUGCUGGGAAUGCUCCCUGCACUCCGUGCCCUUUCCGCAGCCACACCCCUGACCCCGCAGCCCCCAUUUGCCCCUGCCUUGAUGGUUUCUACCGGUCCAGCUCCGACCCACCUGAAGCCCCCUGCACUGGCCCACCAUCCGCUCCCCGGGAGCUGUGGUUCGAGGUGCAGGGCUCAGCGCUUAUGCUGCAUUGGCGCCUGCCGCAGGAGCUGGGGGGCCGAGGUGACCUGCUCUUCAAUGUCGUGUGCAAGGAGUGCGGAGGCCAUGGGGAGCCUGGCGGUGGGGGCACUUGUCGCCGCUGCAGGGAUGAGGUGCACUUCGACCCCCGCCAGAGAGGCCUGACUGAGAGCCGAGUGCUAGUGGGGGGGCUGCGAGCACACGUGCCCUACAUCUUGGAGGUGCAGGCUGUCAACGGGGUGUCUGAGCUCAGCCCAGACCCUCCCCAGGCUGCAGCCAUCAACGUCAGCACCAGCCACGAAGUCCCAUCCGCAGUGCCUGCUGUGCACCAGGUGAGCCGGGCAGCCAACAGCAUCACCGUGUCCUGGCCACAGCCUGAGCAGACCAACGGGAACAUCCUGGACUAUCAGCUCCGCUACUACGACCAGGCGGAGGACGAAUCCCACUCCUUCACCCUGACCAGUGAGACUAACACAGCCACUGUGACGCAGCUGAGCCCUGGCCACAUCUACGGCUUCCAGGUGCGGGCACGGACUGCAGCCGGCCACGGCCCCUAUGGGGGCAAGGUCUAUUUCCAGACGCUGCCUCAAGGUGAGCUGUCCUCACAGCUUCCGGAGAGACUGUCCUUGGUGAUCGGCUCCAUCCUGGGGGCCCUGGCCUUCCUCCUGCUGGCCGCCAUCACUGUCCUGGCUGUUGUUUUCCAGCGCAAGCGGCGUGGAACGGGCUACACGGAGCAGCUGCAGCAGUACAGCAGCCCAGGGCUCGGGGCGAAGUAUUAUAUCGACCCCUCCACCUACGAGGACCCCUGCCAGGCCAUCCGAGAACUUGCCCGGGAGGUCGAUCCUACCUACAUCAAGAUUGAGGAGGUCAUCGGGGCAGGCUCCUUCGGAGAAGUGCGCAGGGGCCGGCUGCAGCCCCGUGGCAGGCGGGAGCAGACUGUGGCCAUCCAGGCCCUGUGGGCUGGGGGUGCCGAGAGCCUCCAGAUGGCCUUCCUGGGCCGGGCGGCGGUGCUGGGCCAGUUCCAGCACCCCAACAUCCUGCGGCUGGAGGGCGUGGUCACCAAGAGCCGACCCCUCAUGGUGCUGACGGAGCUAAUGGAACUUGGUCCCUUGGACAGUUUCCUCAGGCAGCGGGAGGGCCAGUUCAGCAGCCUGCAGCUGGUGGCCAUGCAGCGGGGCGUGGCGGCCGCCAUGCAGUACCUGUCCAGCUUUGCCUUCGUGCACCGAGCCCUCUCUGCCCACAGUGUGCUAGUGAACAGCCACCUGGUGUGCAAGGUGGCCCGCCUCGGCCACAGUCCUCAGGGUCCAAGUUGUCUUCUUCGCUGGGCGGCCCCAGAGGUCCUCGCACACGGGAAGCACACCACGUCCAGUGACGUCUGGAGCUUUGGGAUAGUCAUGUGGGAAGUGAUGAGCUACGGGGAGCGACCCUACUGGGACAUGAGUGAGCAGGAGGUACUAAAUGCAAUAGAGCAGGAAUUCCGGCUGCCUCCUCCUCCAGGUUGUCCUCCUGGACUACAUCUGCUUAUGCUGGACACUUGGCAGAAGGACCGUGCCCGGCGGCCUCACUUUGACCAGCUGGUGGCAGCAUUUGACAAGAUGAUUCGCAAGCCAGAUACCCUCCAGGCUGGCGGGAGCCCUGGGGACAGACCUUCCCAGGCCCUUCUGAACCCUGUGGCCCUGGACUUCCCUUGUCUGGACUCCCCCCAGGCCUGGCUGUCGGCCAUUGGACUGGAGUGCUACCAGGACAACUUCGCCAAGUUUGGCCUCUGCACCUUCAGUGAUGUGGCGCAGCUCAGCCAGGAAGACCUGCCUGCCCUGGGCGUCACCCUGGCCGGCCACCAGAAGAAACUGCUGCACAACAUUCAGCUCCUGCAGCAGCACCUGAGGCAGUUGGGCUCGGUGGAGGUCUGAGGCCAGGCUGGGAGCUGCCAGCUGCCAGUGUCUGUGAUCUAGCCCUGCACAGGGGCCACGGAGGGACAUAUGAGGCCUGAGCCAGGCUGCAUCCCGGGCUCCAUGAGAGGUGCCUGCCACACCACAUCCUCCCAUCCCUUCCUGACCUUGCGUUCACCUGUCCGCCCCUGCACCCUGUCCCCACAGCCCUCCCAUUAAAGGGAAAGAAGGGAAUCUGCAGAAGGGAACUGAGGUGUGCUGAGGCCUUGGUCUGUAGGGAAGCGCGCAGGGGCCUUGGAGGAGGAGCAGAGGGGUGGCAGCAGGGGCACUGCAGAAAUGCAGAAGGGAGCGGAAACGACUUUAUUGGAAGGUGGCAGGUGGCAA